ACCCACUUUUGUUCUUAACAUUCUCAAACCCACCUUUCCCUCUACCUUUUGGUAAUCUUCUUCUUUGAGAGAGAUGGCAAGACUGUGUUUAAUGAUGAUUAUGGUUGCCAUGACCAUUAACAUGGUUGCAAGUGAUCCAAUUGCACCAUGUUAUUUCAUAUUUGGAGACUCUUUAGUUGAUAAUGGCAACAACAAUCAGCUUAACUCACUAGCUAGAGCUAAUUACUUUCCUUACGGUAUUGAUUUCGCUCUCGGUCCAACUGGUCGGUUUAGCAAUGGCAAAACUACUGUGGAUGUUAUUACUGAGCUCUUGGGUUUCGACAACUACAUUACACCGUAUGCCGCCGCGAGAGGAGAAGACAUCCUCCGAGGAGUUAACUAUGCUUCCGCUGCUGCCGGUAUCCGAGAAGAAACUGGCAGACAGUUGGGAGGUAGAAUAGCAUUUGCAGGUCAAGUAGCAAACCACGUGAACACUGUAUCACAACUAGCAAACAUACUCGGUGAUCAGAACCAAGCCUCGAGUUACCUCAGCAAAUGCAUUUACUCCAUCGGCUUAGGCAGUAACGAUUACCUCAACAACUACUUCAUGCCCACUUUUUACUCUACUGGUAACCAGUUCACGCCUGACUCCUUUGGUGACGAUCUCAUUGCCCGUUACACCGAACAACUCCGGAUAUUGUAUAACAAUGGAGCGAGGAAGUUUGCGUUAAUAGGAGUUGGAGCUAUCGGUUGCAGCCCAAACGAGCUAGCUCAGAACAGCAGAGAUGGAACAACAUGUGACGAGAGGAUCAACUCAGCGAACAGACUCUUCAACAGCAAGCUCAUUACUGUAGUCGACCAGUUUAACCAGAACACACCAGACGCCAAGUUCACUUACAUCAACGCAUAUGGCAUCUUCCAAGACAUUGUUACAAACCCUGCUCGCUACGGGUUUAGAGUGACAAAUGCAGGGUGUUGUGGAGUUGGGAGGAACAAUGGACAGAUAACUUGUCUUCCUGGUCAAGCUCCAUGUUUGAAUAGGAAUGAGUAUGUGUUUUGGGAUGCGUUUCAUCCUGGUGAAGCUGCUAAUAUUAUUAUUGGAAGAAGGUCUUUUAAGAGAGAAGCUGCUUCUGAUGCUCAUCCUUAUGAUAUUCAGCAGCUAGCAACUCUCUAA